UUUAACAACAACACAUUCGGGGAGGCAAGUCGGAAAACAUAUUUUCGUCGAUAAUUGUCUUAAAACAAUGCCGGUUGAAGCUGAAACACAGUUUGAAGAGGUCGCCGAACCUUUAGCAAAGAAACCCUGCACCAUGACGAACCGAAUUACUCUGAGGUUUGCGAAAUUAACCCAGAAAGCCUUGACACCCACUCGCGGAUCGAAAUUGGCGGCAGGAUACGAUUUGUAUAGUGCCUACGACAUGAUUAUCCCAGCGAAGGGCAAGGCUCUCGUGAAGACAGACAUACAGAUCGCCCUGCCCGACGGCUGCUAUGGACGAGUUGCCCCAAGAUCUGGCCUGGCACACAAGCAUUUUAUUGAUGUCGGAGCUGGUGUGAUUGACCAAGACUACAGAGGCAAUGUUGGCGUCAUCAUGUUCAACUUUGGAGAGAACGAGUUUGAAGUGAAGGCUGGUGACCGUAUUGCUCAACUGAUAUGUGAGAGAAUCGCCCUGCCGGAGCUCGUGGAAGAAACGAGUUUGGACGACACAGAGAGAGGCGAUGGUGGUUUUGGCUCAACUGGAAAGAAUUAGAGAGCUCGUCUGCAGUGAUCCAAACUUCUGGUAGAAGUUCAGUUGAAGAUGCAUUCAAAAAUGGAAGGGUUCAAUCCAACCUAAUAUGUAAAUCUAGCGGGAGAACGUAAGGAAUCAUGUGUGGCUUGUGAAUGGAGUGGUGAAAUUAAGUAUGCAUUAUGUAAAAUUUCAGGGGCUUAAAUAGAAUAUAUAUUUAUAUUUAUAACAAGAUUAAUUUUGGAGUGAUGAUCUUUGAACGUUUCAUAAUUUAAUGCGUCUGUUUUUGGCGCUUUGUAAACAAGACACAGAGUUUUUUUAUUUGAAAAUAAUCUUUCAUGAGAUUUAUAGUCUUAGAAGCGAAAACAGGAUUUUGGGACCAAAUUUUGUAACGGACUCAUUCCAAAAUGUUAAGUAAUGUUAAGAUUGUGUAAAAAUGUGUUCAUGAAAUAGGGAAGUCACUGUAAGAUAUUAUGAGAUGUAAGGCCUCUGAAUGGUGAAAUAGAUGUUAGUAGUCAUCAAUGCUGUUGAUGAUUUUGUUAAAAUUUGAGGGCUGGGUCGAAGACUGAAGUAAUUCCACAUAAAAAUGGAAGUAAUGUCUGUCAAGCGCUGAGCCCUCUAUUAUGUUUUAAGCAGUGAGAGCAAAAAGGUUUGAAGUGAUAUUAGGUAAAGACCCACUUCAAUCCGUUUUGCAUUCAUCCUAAAAAUUAUGUUUUCUUUGAAUAUUAUAUUUACAUGUUCUGUCAAUGAUACUGUUUGUUUUUUGUUGGUCAGGAUAUAUAAUAUUAUCUAGGGCUGGGCUUGCUGGGCUCACUGGGUUUGAGACCGAGGUGACUCUAUAUUCAUAUAGAGGAAUGUCUGUCUUGGGCUCUGUCCUUAUAUUGUGGAGCUCCAUCAGUUUUAAUCAUUUAUCAAAAUUAUUAUGUCCAGACUUUUUUUCUGGCCUUCAGGAAAAUUAUAUUGCGCUCAAAACCUUUGAAGAUACUGAAAUUUUAAUUUAUUCAACAGUGUUCUACACUAAAGGUGUCCCUGGAUCCUGGGGUCAUCAAAUUUCAUGUGUUUACUUGUUUAGUACUUUAAACAUUUCAAGCACUGAUUAGUAUAUAAUAUUAUAAAUAUUUCAUUGUAAGAUGCUUAAAGGGUGGCCUUUUAAAAUAUUGAAAAAAUAUGAGCCAUUUGCUUAAACUGAAAAUACAAAGUAACUUUUUUUGGCGACUUCGGAUCACAUAAUGUCUUUGCGCUAACUUAAAAUAGUAAUAUCUCUCAGGAAUGUGAUUUACAGAAACAUAUGAGAAUACACACAGGAGAGAAAUUCACGCAGUAACCAUACACAUGUGUAAGACAUGAUUGGGAUUUCUGUCAGCAAGGCGAACACGAAGGAGAGAAGCCAUGCAAGUCUUAUACAGUAUGUGAUGCUGAUUUCUCUCUGAAAGAUGAUUUACAAAAACUAUAUGAAUACACACAGGAGAGAAGCCAUGCAAGUGUGAUAUGCGUGAUGCUGAUUUCUCUCUUAAAGAUGAUUUACAAAAACUAUAUGAAUACACACAGGAGAGAAGCCAUACAAGUGUGAGAUAUAUGAUGCUGAUUUCUCUCUUAAAGGUGAUUUUAGACACAUAUGAGAAUACACACGGGAGAGAAGCCAUGCAAGUCUUAUACAGUAUGUGAUGCUGAUUUCUCUCUGAAAGAUGAUUUACAAAAACAUAUAUGAAUACACACAGGAGAGAAGCCAUGCAAGUGUGAUAUGCGUGAUGCUGAUUUCUCUCUUAAAGGUGAUUUACAAAAACAUAUAUGAAUACACACAGGAGAGAAGCCAUACAAGUGUGAGAUAUGUGAUGCUGAUUUCUCUCUUAAAGGUGAUUUACAGACACAUAUGAGAAUACACACGGGAGAGAAGCCAUACAAGUGUGAGAUAUGUGAUGCUGAUUUCUCUCUUAAAGGUGA